AUGACUUCAGCAAAACAAUUAUUUGACCGUGAAUAUACUAAUCUUGAAUUAUAUCAAUUGAUAUGGCUCGAGUCAAAUUCGAACGAUCAAAGUAAUCGUAUUGAUAAAAGAAUAUCUACAGAGAACUUAAGAAGCAUUAUUGAUUAUACAAAAUUCUUUCACGAUGUCGACGAAUGUUUCGAUUAUAUCAACAAAACAAAAGAUUCUAUGACAUUGUUAGUUAGCACAGAUGAGAUAGUUAUUGAUAUUCUUACGAAUGAUCAGCAUCCUAAAAACUUGUUGGGUGUUUAUGUGCUCUGCAAUAGCGAGAAAUCUAUUCCAAAGAUAGUGCGUACUUAUACAGAUGUCGAUGCUUUAUUGAGCGAUUUGACUGCUGCUGUUAAAUUCAAAUCAAAUUCACCAGGUCUUACAACAGAUGAUCUCUAUCGAACAUGGUGGGCUGACUUUAUCGAUAUUUUAUGUCAUAUUACUUAUCCAAGCGAUUCCUUGAAGCAAUUAGUCGCUGCACUGCAAGAAUACUAUAGAGGAAACACAAUUGCAAUCGCAAAAUUGACACAAUUCGAACUUGAAUAUAAGUCCAAAGACGCGAUACUAUGGUAUACACGUGAUACAUGUAUCUAUCGCGUUCUUAACGAAGCACUUCGACAGCAUCAUGUUGAACGUCUCUUCUUAUUUGGCUUUUACGUCCAAGAUUUGUUUCGACAAUUAACUACUGAGUAUGAACAUUUUCGAUCGUUAUCUGCGAAGAAUAAUUGCAAAACGAUAACAUACCGUUAUCAACUUAUGUCUACGAAUGAGAUUGAAAAUCUGAAAAAGAGAACUAGAUUAUUUCUUGCAGCGAAUAGUUUGUUUUCAACAACAUUGGAUCGUCAAGUGGCCAUGUUCAUGCUUGAGUCUUUAUCAUCGGCACGACAUGAAAAGGAGUUGGAAAGUGUUCUUUUCCUAAUUGAAUUGGAUGUGCGAAUGACUUCUCGUCCUUACGCAAAUAUAUCGCAUCUGAGCAAUUUUCCUGAAGAAUCUGAAGUUCUUUUUUCUAUUGGUACAGAAUUCGAAAUUAUCGAUGUCAAUUAUAACGAAAAUGUUUGGAUAGUUGAUCUGCGACUAAACGGAAACUGCUUUAAAUACAGUGAGGAUUUAGCUCGUUUGACUCCAAGAAGAGCUUUUAUUUCUUGCGUGGAUAAACUCAUUCACACGUAUCAGGUGCCAUCACCAGAGGAAGUAGAAAACAUUUUCAAUGGUCUACAAAGGUUACACCCAGAGGAAAAAUGGAUCCCAGCUGCGAAGCAUUACUGCUGGGCACAGUACCAACAACACAUAAUAAAGGAUUACGAAAAAGCGAUGUUGGAAUACGACACAGCGAUAGAUAUAUGGCGCGAAUGCAUUCCGGAUAAUGAUAGUGAGCUGAACUGUUGGUCUCAUAUCGGUGAUAUCCAUGGAUCCAUAGGAGCUUUUUGUCAUAGUAUUACUAAAGAUAAAGCCUUAGCCAAGAAUAUCUAUACGGUGGCUAUGAGCAAUUAUAAGGCAAUAAAUUUAGAAUUUGUUGACGAUUUUGCAAGAACAGAUAUGUUAUCGAAUUUGGCUGGCACAGCUAAAUCUGUAGCCACAAUGUCCGAUGAUGGUGAUGAAAAACGACAAGCGUAUCUCUACGCAAUCGAGCAUUAUAAAUUAUGUUUGAAGAACAUGAUGAAGUGUUAUUUACCUACGAGUACCCAAUAUGCAACCUAUUAUACGAGUUUAGCUGAUGUCUAUAAAGUUAUAGAAGAUUAUGACAAUGCCAUUGACAAUUAUAUCAAUGCUUUGAAUAUUCGAACACAACAUUUUGGUAUAGCACAUUCUCUUAUCAUAAGUCUGUGCGAAGAAAUUGUGGAAAUCGACUUCUUGCUUCAUCGUAAUCACGAAAGACAGUUGAAAUAUCAACUAAUGAAGCAUGAGCAUCUUUUGAGAGAUGAAACCGAAGACGUAAGACACAAUCAUACGACCUAUCAUAAAGAAGAACUUGGCAAAAGUCAUGCUGCAUUAGACUAUAUUUAUAUCAAAUUGGAUCAAAUUGAGUUGGGUCAAAAUCAUCAACAGCAAGCUGUAGAUCUACUUCAGUCAGUAGGAAGAUUGGAUUCACCUGAAAUAAGCAUUAUUGAAUCGAUUGAAGUUUUGGAAUAA